UGAUUUUCUGCCUCGGUAAAGUAGACGUGGCAGUGACGUCAGUGCCGGAAACGACCCGGAUCGGAACUUUAACUCCUGGGUUGAUUAGUUUUUACCAGAAACAUCGAGAGCUCCUGAAAUAUCAUGUAAUAUCGACUAAAACAUGUUUGUACAUAUGUCCAUGAAGGAUACCCCACCUUGGAUGUGAGUUUGUGCGCACACCGGGAGGUCUUCUUAUUUAUCCAUCACACGGAGCAGGACCCGGUAGUCCCUGGUGGUUUCUGCUCUACAGCGGCCUGGUGGUGACCCUUAAUCGGCGGCAGGAUGACGUGCCGCGACCGGACCCUCGAGUUCCAGUCGGCCUGUAAAUCUCUCCAGGGCAGACCGAAUGGAGUCCAGCCCAGUAAACCAGCUCUCAGCGCCCUCAGGCAGCGCAGUGACUUCACAGUUAUGGCCAAGAGAAUUGGAAAAGACUUGAGCAAUACAUUUGCCAAACUGGAAAAGCUCACUAUUUUGGCAAAAAGAAAAUCUCUAUUUGAUGACAAGGCAGUGGAGAUUGAGGAGCUAACAUACAUCAUUAAACAAGACAUCAACAGUCUAAACAAACAGAUAGCACAGCUGCAGGACUUGGUGAGAUCCCGCGCAGCUCCGGGAGGCCGACACAUCCAAACCCACUCUAACACUAUAGUGGUGUCUUUACAGUCCAAACUGGCUUCAAUGUCUAAUGACUUCAAAUCAGUCCUAGAAGUUAGAACAGAGAACCUGAAGCAGCAGCGCAGCAGGAGAGAGCAGUUCUCCCAGCCCCCCGUGUCGUCUUCUCCUCUGAUGGCUAACAACUUCAGGAGCCGCAAAAAAGGGGCCCAGGAGCCGCAUGCAGCUCGCGAUCCGCGCAAUGGUUACCAGGGCAAUACAACCUCAAAUUUAAAAGAGAGCUCAGUCCUGAUGCAAGAUGAGUCCAGGAGUAUGGGGGAUGUGGCCAUCGAUAUGGACUCUCAGAGCAAUCCCUUGCAACUGCAGCUUAUUGAUGAGCAGGACUCGUACAUCCAGAGCCGUGCAGACACCAUGCAGAACAUCGAGAGCACCAUCGUGGAACUGGGCUCUAUAUUCCAGCAGCUGGCACACAUGGUGAAGGAGCAAGAGGAGACCAUCCAGAGGAUCGACGCUAACGUGGAGGACACGCAGCUGAACGUGGAUGCCGCCCACACAGAGAUCCUCAAAUACUUCCAGUCAGUCUCCUCCAACCGCUGGCUGAUGAUCAAGAUCUUUCUCGUCCUCGUCGUCUUCUUCAUCAUCUUUGUUGUCUUUUUCGCUUAAAGGAAAGAGGAAGAGAAAGCGCAUCCAAUGAGGGGAAGUGAAGCUAAAGCUGGACUAAGACGACGUGUCCAGGCAACGUAUUUGAAGGACACACUUCUAUCAAAGUGACACUUGGGAGCCGCUCAGAUUAUAAUAAAGACUUUUCCAUUAACACAGACUUUCCGGUUGUUCCCAAGCCACAGACUCUGGAUCUUAAUUGGACGAUUCAGUGAAGAAUAAAGAUGUCGAACUCUGUCCCAAUGAAAGAAUAAAUGAUCUAAAAUCCCCACUUUGUAUAGAGAGAGAAAGAGCGAGAGCAAUAAACUGCUCGAUAUUGUACUUUGACCAAUUCUUCAUAAACAUUUAAUCCAAAUGGCUAUAAUUUAAUGGUUUGAUUCUGCAAACUGUCUUUUUAAUUUUCUUGUUUACCCCACACGUCAUCCAUUAUUAUUAUUAUUAUUAUUAGUAUUAUUAUUAUUUCAAAGCCAAACUACAGGACUGGAAUAUAUCCUCAGAUCAUUUUGCUUCAUAGUUAACUUACUUUGCAUGACUGUGGCCCUUGUUUCUCAACAAUUCGUCACUUUAUUCUGUUAUGCUUUCAAAGUUUAUUUGCCAAAUGGAUACUCGUAUAAAACUGUGACUCAAAACGAAGACACUCGCUGCGGUCCAGCAUUUCGUGUCCUGAAUGCACAAGAAGUUAGACAGCUGAAGGGACUGUUUGCUGGUGUAAUUCAGAUACAAGUUGUAAGAAAAGUUAAGUUAUGUAACAUCACUGUUUUUAAAUUAAACAGUUUGGUUGUUAGCCAUUUGGCAGGUUGAACGGUUGAAAAAGUGAACAUUCAGUGCUGCAGACUUCAGCAUGAGUCUGAAGGGUCUGUAUUUGACAUCAGUGCUUAUGAAGGGGUUCGACUGGUUGUGGAGGACCACUAAUGAAGUGACUCACUCAGCCAGAUUCCCUGGAAGUAUCUGGUUGGAUGUCACUGUUGUAGUUUCUUUCCCUCUUAAUCUAUCUCAAUGUUAUUUAAAUGACCACAGCUUUUUUUUUAAAGAAAGAAAGAAAGAAAGCAUUAUUCCUAUUUGAUCCCUGUCUGUUCUUUUUUUUUUUUGCCAAAUGCCUUGACUUCAAUGUAUAAAGUGCAAAUAGUGAUAAUGAUGUAUUGAUAAGAAAGUGCAUAUUAAUAAAAUGAUAAUGGGGUGCUGGCA